AUGAAGCUUCCGAAGGUUUUUAUACUAUUCAUCAUUUUCCCUGUUCUUACCAAGGGUCAAGAUACUAUAGAAGAUUUGAUUUCUGAAGUGAUAACCAGAUUAGUCGACGAUGGUAUUGUAUGUGCCCUCUACAGCUUCUCUAGUAUCGAUAACUUGAUCAGCAAAACAUUAUCAACGACCAAAUUUUCACUGGUUUCACUCUCCUUGAACCACUGGAUACAAACAGAAACUAAUGCAACUUGUUCCGCCUAUGUAGUUCCGUUAGAAAAUGUAAACUUUUUGAAAACGCUGCGCCCUUUCAGGAGAGUAGUCGUAAGCUUCGUUCCUUGGAAAAAAGUUGUGUUCCUCUACUGCUCCUCAACUCAGUAUCUCGAUUUUUUCAAAACUGCCAUCGACUACUAUCCUCUCGAAGUUUUCCUCAUAGAACUGAUGUCCUACUGUGGCAAUUGCACUAGUUUGAACCCUUGCAUUGGAAAAGAUGUAACAGUCAAAUACUUCAACCAAAAUCGAACUCUACUAGAAACAAACAAUGCUGGCAAAGCUCUCUCCGAAAACUGGACGGACUUGCUCCCAAAAAAGUGGCAACCGAACUUUAGAAAAGAUCGCUUCUUCAGAAUAGGCGUCCAGCAUUGCCCACCAUACAUCUACCUAGAAAACGCUACGGUGGCAGACGGAAUCGAAGCUAGAAUCAUUGAAGAAGUAACCAAGAAUUGGCCAGUCAAGUACAUCCUCGAAGGUCCCGAAAUCAUCAACGACUGGUGGGACGAAACCGCAAAACUAGUAGAAAGAUACGAAAGAGAUAUCGGAGUAUGUAGCCACUGGCAGAACAACAUCAUAGAAAAAAAUGUUGACAUCUCCUACCCCCACACCAAAAUCUACGCCACCUUCAUAGUCAAGAAGCCUGAGCCAAAAUCAGAAAUCAUGCUAGUGAUCAGCAUGUUCCAGGAACAGGUUUAUCUAGCCACUUCACUAACGAUGGCCACAUUAGCGAUCUUAUUAACGCUGGUUAAAAGAGUCUACAACGUUCUGACUUCUACCAAAGAUAGCACUAGCACCGUGGAGCUAGUCAUGGACUUAUACAGGCUCUUCACUGGUGGCUGUAUAAAAAUGACCAGGUUCUAUAGAUUUAGCUCCGCGAGGUUCUUGGUACUGUCCUGGACCAUAUUCUGCCUGUUGUACGCUACUUUCGGCUCUGCUGGCAUCACCAGCGUGCUUACCAAACCGCAUUUCGACCAAGUCAUCGACACCAUAGAAGACAUGGCAAACCAAGAUAUCCACUGGACCUUAUAUAGCGAUAUGUUCCAGAAACAAUUCGCGUCUCUGGACAGCCCUGUCUACAAGAAGAUGGCGAAGCUGUUCAGGCGUGGCAAGACGAUGAAGGAAACACGAACGAUAGCGAUGUUUGCCAAAACUAUCCAGAAGCUAGUGGUCUACGACAUGGACAGCUAUUUGCCCAGAGAGGAAUGGAGGUACUAUAGGCUGCUAAAGGAGAGCUUCGCUAGCUAUAGCGGUUGUUUUAUUUUUGCGAAGCGGUCGCCUUUCACCAAACCUUUCAGUAGGGCAACUCAACGAUUUUUUGAGAGUGGUAUAAUUGACCACCUCACGAAGAAGUUUUUUUUGGAGGAGAGGCAAUACCAGGAAGGAUUCAAGUCGUAUUACGAAGUUGACCAAGGACAUUUGAUUAUCGAUCUGAGAAAAUUACUAGGAGGUUUCUUGAUCCUGAUCAGCGGACUGAGUUUGAGUCUUCUUGUUUUUAUCUAUGAACUCUAUAGAGAGAACAAGAAAAACUAA